UCGUUGGUGGGGCAGACGCCGGGAAGCGGCCCUCAACCGUCUUGUCGCCUCGUGCCCUCCGCCCUUUGGUGCUUUGCCUUGCUGCCUCUCCUCACACUAGCAGCCUGUGGGCCAGGCGGGGCUCACAGGAGGGGUACCCUCGGGCCGGGGGUCUGGGUGUUCUAGUGCUGAAGGUACCAGAGGACUGGAGCUGGCUUCGCUGGACUAAAUUUUAGAAAACGAGAGAAGCGUGCAAAAGAGACAGGCCCAUCACUUAGCGCCCAAGGAUAUGCUUAUCAGGGACAGAAGACAAAGCACAUGGACUGGAAGUUGGAAGGGAGUGCUCAGAAAACAGACUCACAAGUGCUGCAGGAGCAAGAAGUCAUCCUAGAGGACACGGGCGAAGAUAGCAUCUCUGAAAGCUUCCAGCUUCUACAGAUCGAUGUGGAAUGCGAGCAUCGGGAGGGAGAUAUGCUGCCCACAGGCGGUACGGUGUGGUGUUCAAAAAAUGUCCAAAGAAAACAGAGACACUGGGAAAAGAUAGUUGCAGCAAAGAAGAGCAAAAGAAAGCAAGAAAAAGAAAGAAGAAAGGCCAAUCGUGUAGAAAAUUCAGGCAUCUGCCCCCAGCACAGCAAACGUUUUCUGAGAUCCUUAACCAAGGAGAGACUUUUGGAAGCCAAACACUCAGGACCAAGACUCUGUAUUGAUCUGAGUAUGACCCACCACAUGUCUAAGAAGGAGGGAUUCCACCCUAGGGUUCUAGGGAUGGCUGAAGAAUACACAUUUGACAUUGGACAGGAAUUAAGUAGACUGGCUGGACAGAUUCGAAGGUUGUAUGGUUCAAAUAAAAAAGCCAGCAGGACAUUCUGGAUCUACCUCACUGGAUUCACAACAGACAGUCCCCUAUACGAAGAGUGUUUGAGGAUGAAUGAUGGAUUUUCUAGUUACCUGCUAGACAUAACAGAGGAAGACUGCUUUAGUUUAUUUCCUCUGGAUACCCUUGUGUACCUGACUCCUGACUCAGAACACGCUCUUGAAGAUAUUGAUCUAAACAAAGUUUACAUCCUUGGUGGACUUGUGGACGAAAGCAUUCAGAAGAAGGUGACAUUUCAGAAAGCCCGAGAACAUUCCGUCAAGACAGCCCGCUUGCCAAUCCAGGAAUACAUGGUCAGACACCAGAAUGGGAAAAACUAUCAUUCAGAGAUACUGGCCAUCAAUCAAGUAUUUGAUAUCCUGUCCACAUACUUUGAGACGCAAAACUGGCCUGAAGCACUGAAGAAAGGAGUUUCUUCCAGAAAAGGCUAUGUUCUUCAGAACUCUGUGGAUGAUGGACAGCCUGAGAAGCUGCCGGAGGCAAAGCUGCUGGAGGUGUCUUGACUGAAAAGCAGAGCAGAGGCUGGUGAUGGCACACACUUGCCUUUACUUGUCAUCUUGGAUCGCCACUAGAAUUUAAGUUACUAAGAACAGGGACCACAUUUUAUGCUCUUUUCUAUCUCCCAUAGUGCCUAGCUCACAGCAAGAGCCCAGAUAUGUUGACUAUGUAAAAAGUUUACAUAACAAGAAAUUAGCCCUCAGCUACAUGGCUUUGGAUGUAUUCAUCUUUUAUAUACCUAUUUGUGAAAUACCUACUCUUUAGAAGUAGCUUAACAAUUAAAUAGUUAUUGUUA